AUGGCCGGCCCGUCACCGGUAAUGAUCGCCCAAGGUAGGUUGUCCAUUCAAGGCAGCACCAGGAGUGGGAUCUGGGCCGCUCAAGAGGAAGAUAUAAGGGAGGCGCUUCCUCCUCCAAGUAGCGAUUAUCUGCUGCAGACUUAAGAACCUACAUACAAACACCACAUAACGCAAAACAAUAUCAUAUAUUCUUCCAUCAGAAAUCAUCCAACAUGUCCGGCAUCGUUCACAAGAUUAAGGAGGCUGUCCACCCCGACAGCAAGUCCCACCACAACACAGCCCCUGAGGGCAGCCACGGUCCCCACAACAGCCGUGUAGCUAACGCCGUCGACCCUCGUGUCGACUCGGAUCGCGACGGCCGCGGGGCUGGCCGCACCGCCGGCCACGGGGAGUACGGCAGUGCUGGCUACGGUACCGGUCGCGCCGGCUACGGCACUGGCACCGCCGAAGGAACACAUGGUCCGCACAACAGCCGCGUAGCCAACGCCGCUGAUCCCCGUGUCGACUCGGAUCUCGACAACUCGCGCACUAUCGGCACCGGUCGAACGGCCGGCACCGGCGCCACUGGCUUCGGCGCUGGCACCACUGGCGGUUACGGUUCGGGUAUCACUGGCGGCGCCGGCUCCGGCGCUACCGGUGUGACCGGCACCCACGGUGCCCCGGCAGGUACCUACGGCCCGCACAGCAGCCGCGUGGCUAACGCUGCUGACCCUCGCGUCGACUCGGACCGUGACGGCCGCGGCGCCCUCGGCACCGGCCCUGGCCCUGCCCCCAACACUGCCGGCCCUCACAGCAGCGACAUGGCCAACAAGAUGGAUCCCCGCGUCGACUCGGAUCUUGACGGCAGCCGAACUAUGGGUGGGAACAAGACGUACCAAUCUGGAACAAUGUCGGAUGCGCGACGCGAUCCCACCGACGCUGCCCAAGUGCCUCCUUCAGUCCUGAGGAAGCAUCUCGGCGAACCGUCGAUCGAACACGAGGAUGUCACCCACCACCGUGAGAGGAGAAACAGUAUCAAGACACACCAGGAAACCUUCCGCGGUAUCUAAUUGCGUGUCCUCCGCUGGGUG